UAAUAUUGUACAAACCAUAUGUUUGGUUUGUUUAUGUGUAUGAAGUUAAAUUUAAUUGAUAUUAAGAUAAUUCUAUGAAAGAAAAGCCGAUUUCGCUGUUUUUUAGCAAUAAGAGAUAAUUUUUAAAAUAAUCUGAUAAUCAUACGCUGUAAAAAUCUUUACAGCAUCGAGUUUCCAAAUUUUGCAAAUUGUGUUAAUCCACAUAUGGAAAAAUGACUAGAUCCCGUUUAUUUUAUCUCUAGCCAGUGAUUAUCGAGUACGUUUCUAUAUGCGUGGAAUCUAUUCUAGUUGAUUGAACUAUAGCAUUUUUACAUCAUUAAAAUGAAGAAUUUUACUGGAAUCGCGUUUUGGAUUUUCUCUCUUUUGUACAUUAGUCAUGUUUCCUGCGGUAGCGAAGAAGACGAGAAAGAUGGUGAUACUCCGGAAGAAGAAAUGUAUGGUGUGAAAUAUGCUAAACAGUGUGAAGUAUGCAAGUACCUUGUUAUUGAAUUAGAAAAUCGCUUAUCAGAGACUGGUAAGACACAUGAAGUGAUUGAAAUUGGAUAUGAAUUAGAUCCAGCCGCUAGAAAGAAGAAGAAAUAUGCAAAAUCAGAACUUCGUUUGCUUGAAUCAUUGGAAGGUAUUUGUGAAAGGUUGUUAGAUUAUAAUAUUCAUAAAGAAAGGAAAGACAGUACAAGAUUUGCAAAAGGAAUGAGUACAACAUUUAAAGUGCUUCAUGAUUUAGUUGACAAAGGUGUAAAAGUAGAGCUUGGUAUACCUGAAGAGUUAUGGGAUAAACCUUCUGCCGAGGUUACUAAUUUGAAAAUGCAGUGUGAAAAUUUAUUAGAAAAACAUGAAGCUGAUAUUGAAGAUUGGUAUUUCAACUAUCAAGAUGUACCUUUAAAAGAAUUUUUAUGUGUUGAUAAAGCUUUACAAAAAGGAGAUACCAGUUGCCUUGAUGAAACUUAUGUGCCACCACCUCCUGAAAAGAAAGGAGAUUCUAAAGUUGGAGGAAAAAGUAAAAAGAAAUCCAAAAAAUCAGUUAAGAAAGAUAUUAAAGAUGAGAAAAAUAAAAAAGGUGAAACAAAAGAUGAAUUAUAGUUACUUAAGGCCAGUAUUUGUAAGAUUGUACCUUAGUCAUUUUAUACUUAAUAGGAAAUAAAUUUUUUAUAUUGCUUUAUUUAAA